AUGAACGUUGACGACGCUGUUAAGUUUGCUAAGGAGAAAAUAGAGGAGGUAGCUCGUAUGGCUAGAGAUCCUCGGCAGCAAGAGGAGAUCUCGGAGGAGCUCUCUGACAUCGAGAAAGAGAUUGCUCGAGUGGGAAGCAACAUGACAGCAGCGUACAAGGCCGAACUGAGUACGACCAACGAUACUAUGGUGGAUGAAGUUGGCGAAACAAUGAAACGGAUGAGGGCUGAACGAGAUGAUAUUAAGGGUGUCCUUGAUGCUCGCGAGAAGGAUGAAAAACGGAUACAAGAACAGGGUCCAAAUAGGGUGGACAUUUUGCACAGUCGAAUAGUCAAGGCGGACAAAGAAAUUAUGAAGCAAUUCCAAGAGACUUCCAAAACGUUCAAUAAGUGGUUAUCGGAGCAGAGAACGUUGCUCAUGAACUCACUAUUGAGGGAUCGUGUUAGCUGA